AUGGGAAGCUUCAAGCUCUCCAUGCUUGUUUCCCUUCUCCCCUUCCUCCUCUUCGCACUAGCUGAUGCCGGCACCGGGGAGGAGCUAAGCACGUACAUCGUCCACGUGCAGCACCAGGACGAGAACCACGUGUUCGGCACGGCCGACGACCGGAAGACAUGGUACAAGUCCUUCCUCCCGGAGGACGGCCAUGGCCGUCUCCUCCACGCAUACCACCACGUCGCUAGCGGCUUCGCGGCGCGGCUGACCCGCCGUGAGCUCGACGCGAUCACCGCCAUGCCCGGCUUCGUGGCCGCGGUCCCCAACGUGUUCUACAAGGUGCAGACAACGCACACGCCGCGGUUCCUCGGGCUGGACACGCCGUUGGGCGGGAGGAACGUCACGGUGGGCUCCGGCGAUGGCGUCAUCAUCGGCGUGCUCGACACCGGCGUCUUCCCUAACCAUCCUUCCUUCAGCGGCGCAGGGAUGCCUCCCCCGCCGGCCAAGUGGAAGGGCCGAUGCGACUUCAACGGCUCCGCCUGCAACAAUAAGCUCAUCGGUGCCCAGAGUUUCAUCAGCGCCGACCCAUCUCCCCGUGCACCACCCACCGACGAGGUAGGGCACGGGACGCACACUACGAGCACAACGGCAGGAGCUGUGGUUCCGGGCGCUCAGGUGCUUGACCAGGGCAGCGGCAACGCGUCAGGGAUGGCUCCCCGCGCACACGUCGCCAUGUACAAGGUUUGCGCCGGUGAAGGAUGCGCAAGCGUGGACAUCCUCGCCGGCAUCGACGCCGCCGUGUCUGACGGCUGCGACGUCAUAUCCAUGUCGCUUGGCGGGCCGCCGUUUCCGUUCUUCCAAGAUAGCAUUGCCAUUGGCACGUUCGCCGCCGCAGAGAAGGGGAUCUUCGUCAGCAUGGCUGCCGGCAACUCCGGCCCGAUCCCCACCUCGUUGUCGAACGAGGCGCCAUGGAUGCUCACCGUGGCCGCCAGCACCAUGGACCGUUUGAUCCUCGCCCAGGUGAUCCUCGGGAACGGCUCCUCCUUCGACGGCGAGUCGGUGUUCCAGCCGAACUCCACGGCGGUUGUCGCGCUGGCCUACGCUGGCGCGAGCUCGACACCCGGUGCACAGUUCUGCGGCAACGGCUCGCUAGACGGCUUUGACGUCAAGGGCAAGAUUGUGCUCUGCGUACGCGGCGGUGGUGUUGGGAGGGUCGACAAGGGAGCUGAGGUGCUAAGAGCCGGAGGUGCCGGCAUGAUCAUGACCAACCAGCUCCUCGACGGCUACAGCACGCUCGCCGACGCACACGUGCUCCCGGCGUCGCACGUCAGCUACACAGCCGGGGCGGAGAUCAUGACCUACAUCAACUCCACGACAAACCCAACGGCACAGAUCGCCUUCAAAGGCACGGUGCUCGGCACGUCGCCGGCGCCGGCAAUCACUUCAUUCUCUUCUCGUGGGCCUAGCACCCAAAACCCAGGAAUCUUGAAGCCCGACAUCACUGGCCCCGGCGUGAGUGUGCUCGCCGCCUGGCCAUCCCAAGUCGGUCCACCGAGGUUCGACCUCAGGCCCACCUACAACAUCAUCUCCGGCACGUCCAUGUCCACGCCGCACCUCGCGGGCAUAGCCGCGCUGAUCAAGAGCAAGCACCCGGACUGGUCGCCAGCGGCGAUCAAGUCCGCCAUCAUGACCACCGCCGAUGUCAACGACCGCUCCGGCACACCGAUACUCAACGAGCAGCACCAGACCGCCGACCUCUUCGCCGUCGGAGCCGGCCACGUCAACCCAGAGAAGGCCAUGGACCCCGGCCUCAUCUACGACAUUGCGCCCGCUGAAUACAUCGGCUACCUCUGCGGCAUGUACACGGACAAGGAGGUCUCGGUGAUCGCGCGCAGCCCCGUGAACUGCUCCGCCGUCCCGAAUAUCUCGCAAAGCCAGCUGAACUACCCGUCCAUCGCGGUCACGUUCCCGGCGAACCGCAGCGAGCUGGCUCCGGUGGUUGUCAAGCGCACGGCGAAGCUCGUCGGAGAGUCGCCGGCGGAGUACCAGGCCGUGAUCGAGGUGCCGGCGGGCAGCUCGGUGAACGUCACCGUUACCCCUAGCGUGCUUUGGUUCAGCGAGGCGAGCCCGACGCAGAAUUUCCUCGUGCUCGUGUUUUCGUGGGCGACGGAGGCCAGCCCCGCGCCGGUGCAGGCCUCGAUCCGUUGGGUGUCGGACAAGCACACCGUCAGGAGCCCCAUCUCGAUUAGCUACACCCCGCGCUAGAUUAGCUCCGAGAGAUCGAGUUGCCUCUCGGUCUACUUGGCUGGUUCUACGCCUUACAUCGACACGUUUGAGUAACUGAGUUCGAAUAAAAAUGUAACGUGCUAUGUUUUGAGUUAGCUAGCUUGUUACUCCUUCCGAUCCUCUAAAACAACGACAAAAAUUUAGGAUCAGAGGUAGUAAUUUGUAAGAAAAGGGUAAUCUUUGAGGUUC